AUGUUUCAGCCAUUGAAAUUGUACAUGGAAUAUACGACAGUGCACGGACUCGGACGUGUCGCCACGGUACAACAUAUCAUCCACAAAUUGAUUUGGAUCGUCCUUUUCCUGACAUCCCUUGGGAUGUGUAUAUAUCAGGUCACUCGUCUCGGACAACAGUUUAUGUCUAACCCAAUCAGUACCACAAUUUCACUCAAGUAUGAACCACAGGGAUUUCCUCUAGUCUCCAUUUGUAAUCUCAACCCAGCAAGCUUUUCUAAGAUUGUCGGGAUCAGGGAAUUUCACCAUAUUCUGGCUGAAGCAUCAGAACAUAGCGCUAUUCCAAUGGAGAAAUUUAAAAAUGCAAGUGGAAUGACGCAACCGCUUCCUGAUUUCACACAUACAUCAACAUUCCGACUGAAUGAUUAUGACCAUCCAAUUGGCAUGGCAAAGAAGUUGUUCCAUGCUCGUCUAGCUAAUCUGUCUCUUGAAAACCUGACUGCCCUUAACGAAGACUUCGAGCAUUUCAUUGUCGACUGCAAAUACCAAGGAGCGAAAUGUAGACGGGAUGAUUUCAUCAUUACGCGUGAUAGAGGAUACAGCAUGUGUUACCAGAAGAAGAUCGAUAGGUUCCUCACCGAGAAUGCUGGUCCAGAUGCUGGUCUGGAAGUAAUGGUGUCUGUAAAACAUUCGGAAUACAUACCCUUCGUCAGUGAAUCGACUGGUGUCCGGGUCAUUAUACAGGAUGACGCCACAGAUGUACUUUCUGAGAAUGGAUUUAAUCUUCCCACUGGUUUUGAAAUAGACAUCGCAGUGUCUGUGUCAGAAACAAAGAGAGUGCCGGGACCUGACCUGCGCUGUGAGGAGAAGAGUUUCUGGCAGCGGAAGCUGGCUUGUAUGAAGAACUGCUCCAUAACUCACGCAACGCGACGAUGCGAGUGUGCACCAUACUUUGGCUAUAGCGAUGAAAUAGAAAGAACUUGCAUGACGGCGACAGAAAUGAGUUGUUUAAAGACGGAAAUAGAAGAAUGGAUGAGAAGCGAUACAUGUGCAGCCUGCAAGGUUCCUUGUUUUGAGAAAUCUUACACAUCAUCGGUUUCAAUGGCAAGAUGGCCAUCUGAUGCUUAUGCUGAAGUUCUGGCAGUGGACAACAACUGGGCCCAUGGGAGCGACAUUGGAAAGAUCAGAGCUGAUCACAUGCUUCUCCGUGUGUAUUUUUCGUCCCUGCAAAAAGAAGUCAUUGAUGAAGAAUUGUCUUAUACGUCUGAGAACUUCGUCAGCGACAUUGGAGGACAGCUUGGUUUAUGGGCAGGACUAUCGGUGCUAAGUCUUGCUGAAGUGGUGGAACUAGUCGUCCUCUGGAUAACGCAUUGCUGCAAGAAGAAGAACCGGACUGAUCACUCUGAUUUACCACACAAGACCUCAGACUGA